ACCGCUUUUCUCAAAUCCAGUACGGCGGUAAUCUCUCUCUCUCUCUCUCUCUCUCCCAGUCUCUCAUUUUGUUAACCGAAAGAGGGAUUUAUCGAUUCCUGUUGGGGAGGAAGGAAAGUGUAAAUCAAAUGGCGAGAACGAAGCAUUUUGCAUCCAGGGCACGAGAUCGCAAUCGAAAUAAUGCGACAGCUUCAUCUUCCGCGGCGGCGGCUGGUCCGAGUGCGACACCGACGAGAAGAGGCAGCAGGCAAGGUGGUGGUGGUGUUGAGGCUCAACAGGGUUCCAACAAGAAGAAGAAGUCUUUCCGUUACAAGCCUGGAACCGUUGCUCUCAGAGAGAUUCGCCAUUUCCAAAAGACCACCAAACUCCUUAUCCCUGCUGCUACUUUCAUCCGACUAGUCAGAAGCAUCACCCUUGAUCGUGCCAAGCCCCAAGUUACGCGUUGGACUGCUGAAGCUCUUGUUGCUCUUCAAGAGGCGGCAGAAGAUUACUUAGUUGGCUUGUUCUCUGAUUCAAUGCUCUGCGCUAUCCAUGCUAAACGUGUUACUCUUAUGAGGAAAGAUUUUGAGCUUGCACGCCGCCUUGGAGGUAAAGGCAGACCAUGGUGAUAGAGAUACUCAUCCACUAUUCAACAUUAGCUACUCUGUUUCCCAUAGUAUGACUUUAUGCACUCCUUAUGUCUUGUUAUUUGUCAUUUGACCGCAACUUUCUUUUGAAACAUAACUGCCAAACCCGAGUUUGAUUUGAUUCAAUUUCUAGGUUGUAAAACUUAUCUCUCCUUGUUUAGUAUUUUAUCUGCUUUUCC